UUUUCAGAGACUUGGAGAGAGAGAGAGAGACAUUAAAGGUGAGAAAAGGACAAAGAGGAAGAAGAAUCAGAAGAAGACGGAAAGGUAGUAGGGAAAACAAAGACUUUAAAAAACCUUUCUCUUUUGUUGUUGGAGUGUUCUUUUCUCGCAGAAGGUCUCAUGUCUUCCAUGUUUCGCUUCUUCUGCAGCUUCCUGAAGUAAAGUAAAGAAGAUUGAGUCGAAUCUCAGAGGAAUAAAAAACUGUUCAUUUGUCCUUUUUAUUGUUAUAAAGAGAUCCUGCUUAAGAAGAAGAGUGUGAAGUGAAUGAAAAGAAUGCAGCACAACAGCUUUUUCCUGGGGUGCAAUCACUUGAACCGUGACAUUACUACAGAUGCGAGAACCGGCUAUCUUCUGUACCCUGUACAGGACAUUGAUGGAGGAGGACACGGAUCAAAUGUGAACGUUGAUGAUACAUUGUCUUUACUGUUUGGUGGUAUUUGUUUUAGACAGUUGAAGGAAACACUGAAGCACACCAUGCUCGUGCACGAGUCUGUCUUUGAAAGCCAGAUCCAUGAGCUUCAUCGUCUGUAUCAGAGGCAGAAGGAACUGAUGAUGGAAAUGGAGGGAAGUCGACAACAAGACGAGGAGGAGGCCUUGUACCUUAAUUCUAGUGUCCCUAGCCCUACAACACACUGGAUGAGCUCAAACGUCUCCAUUUAUCAAACUAGGAACUUUCCUUGUGAACAACAACAACACAUGCCUAAUCAAACUGAAGCUGUAAGUGAUGUUAAGAAGCCUGAGAAGCUGGUCUUGGAUCUGGAGUUACCGGUUCUUGAGUGUCAUGAUGGAGGUGAGGAAGAGACGAGUUUGAUGAAUGGUCAAGUCCAUGAAGUUGCAAACUCUCUGGAAUCAGGUAGCAAGUCGAAUAAGCUGCAGUUUGAUUUGAAUGAACCAGCCGAGAUAGAGGAACACUACGAGUUCACUAGUCCAGUUUCAUCGGUUGAGUCUGAUAAAAAGAAUGAGGGAGAAGGUUCCUGCUGGAUGUAUGAAGCUCAAGGUAUUGGAAUUGACUUGAACUUGUUUCCCCUUUCAUCUGAAGAGGAAGUAUGUAUUGUGAAGAAGCUUGGAGAAGAGAAACCUCAAGAGUGUUUAUCAGAGAAGUCGCGAGCGUUGGUUCAAGCGCUACCAUGUUUAAACAGCACUCUACUUAUGAACAAGCCACAUGACUCAUACAAGCCAAGGAAGAAAAAGAAGAAGGUGAAACUUGGUCCAGUCAACAAAGCUUUCAAAGGCUCAGAUCUUGACCUGCACGCGAGUGCUCAAGAUAAAGGGAGUUCUAGUUCUGUAAGAAAACAGAGUAAAGCAGUUGCUAAGAAGAAACGGAAGAAGAGCAGAAGGCUAUGUUUUGUUAAAGAGAGGAAUCAUGGAGAGAUAUCUGCAGCUGAGGCUAUGGUUGAUAUGUCUAGAAAGUCUGAUCGUGAAGCCUCUGAGUUUAUCACUUCUUCCUUGAGCAAGAAUCUACAUCUGUUGGCUGAGGUUUCUUCUUUAGCUGUUGGAGGCUACGAGUUAGACUAUACUGAUGCCACGACACUGCAACUAACAGAGAUGAAUCUGGAGGACCGCAAGACAACUCUGAGAUCGAAUACUGCAGACAACAAAACAGCAGUCUCCAGCAUUGUCCUUAAAAAGCAGAAGAGGAGGAGCUAUGACAAAGAUAACCAGCUCCACACAUUUUCAGAAUGCGAAGCCAACGAGGAGGAUCUGCAGGUGAAGGUAGAUGAAGUCUCUGACCAAGAAGGGGACUGUGAGUUCUUCCCAAAGAAGAAGAAGAGAAGAAGCUCUCCUCUUAAACGGAUAGAGGAUUUAACUUGGGGAGCCAGGAGUAAGCGAAGACUAGGCUCUAGAAUUCCUGCUACUGAUUUUCAACAUAUGAUCAUCAACCAAAUAGUAUAGGUAUAAGCCAAACUAAAGAAGGUGGCUACAAUACUUACUUACCAUACUUUGCUUUAUGCUCUUGAGAGAAUCAAGAAUCUUAUUGGAGAUGGGUUUUUGCAACAAGACUACUAAAAGGAGAAUCAAAGAUCCCUAAACUUUUGAAUAUUUUGAGGGUAUUUUUGGGGGUGGAGUUAGCUAUAUGACUCUAGUUCAUCAAAAGAUAAUGACUGUGUUUAAAAUAGAGUUGGUGCUCAAGAAAUUGUAUACAUAGAUUACUUUUCAUUACGAGUUAGUUCACAGAUUCCAAAACGAGUUCAACAA